UUCGCCUAGCUCUCUGCCAUACACGGCUGUGUGUUAGCAUUCAGGGAGUGAGCCCGUGGAAUAUAUCACUUCUGCUCGCAUACUUAUCAUUUCGCUCUACACAUGCGCUCAACAGACACAUAAAGCGUAGUAGUAGUAGUAGAAAGAGUGCAUCGCAGCUUCUAAGAUGUGAGGAGGAAUCUAUGGACGCGAUACUCGAGCCUCUAACCUGUGGACAGAUUCUAAAAGAUGCCCUCAUCACUGCUGCAAAAGCGCUAAUGCUUGCAUAAACAUACCGCAAAAUGGAAAGGACAUUAAUCUCAUCGUUUCAAAAAAUGGAAUGUAGUUUGCCGAGGUGAAAACAGAAAGCGUCGUAUUUUUCUCUCUUAAAAGCUGGAGUGUUGGAUGCCUUAAUCACGUUGUUUGAGCAUCACUACUUUCUCUAUACAGGAUUGUGUUUUUUAGCAUUUCAUACGAAAGCAUUAACAAUGUAUGCCGCUGUGUCGCCACAUUGGAUAGCUUGGCUUGUCUUCGCCAGUUUGGUCCUGCAGGUUAUCUGUGUUUCUGGGGAGGCCGUUUGUCCCAAUUAUUGUUCCUGUUCUCCGAUUCCUGAAAAUGGGGACCGAUUCUCAGGUCCGGCGUCGUCCAUGUCAGUUGUGGAAUGUGUAAUACCGAACACGAUCUCUUCACUUAGUGCAUUCUCAACACUGUCGCUCUAUCCAAGACUAAGUGUAUCCAGAAUAAUUAUCCGGGAUCAACUGUCGCUAAGUUCUAUCGGCCUAUCCGACCUGACUGGAUUUAGUGAACUCACUCAUUUAGAAAUCACCAACACCAAUCUCAGCUACAUACAUGUUCACAGCUUUGAACGACUGAAACUGAAAACACUAGAUUUGCGGAGUAAUCGAUUGACGUCCAUCACGUGGGAGCCAUUUAUGUACCUGUAUAGCCUUAAGGAAUUAUUACUUGCCGACAAUCCCCUUGUCUGUAGUAAUUGUCAGAAUAAUUGGCUUCGGGAGCCCCACCAGGACCUCACGUUGGGUACAAACCUAACCUGUGUGCACAAUGAAACCAAAACUCUCAUGCAAAGUUUCGUUGUGGAUAACUGCAGAGUCCCAUCUGUGAACGUGACGCCAAAGCACCUAGAAAUCAGGGACGGCGAGUCAUUCAAUGCGAGCUGCGAGGUGGACGGGGAGCCGCACCCUAGCCUGAGAUGGGACGUCAGUCGAUUGGUGUCCCCUUACCAGCUGGUGAAUGUCAGUAAGAGGCAACAGAUCAUCAUGGUCCAGAACGCAUCCUACAAGGAUACGGGUCUCCUGGAGUGUAUCGUCAGCAGUGUGGCAGGAUGGCGCGCUGCUGAAGUCAACCUUACGGUCAAGGUUGCACCCAAGAUCAACCGGUUCUGGGGACCGAUCAAGCGGUUCCACUACUGCAUCGACCUGAACGUGACGGCCCUACCGACCCCAAACGUUACUAUAUACCACAACGGUACCAAGGAGCUUCAUUACGACGCAAGACUGGACAACGUCACCAUCAACUCCCAUCCGACCAUGAGGAGGUACGAGGUCACCACCAAGGCUCGAACCCCGUGGCAGAUUUUUGGUUGCCUGAUGUUCCUUUUGCCAUCGCACUACGAUAAUGGCAACUACACGCUGGUGGUUUCCAACGAGCUCGGGUCGGAUAGGAAAAACAUCAGCGCCAUAUUCUUUGAUGGAAAUGAAGCACCUUACCCUGAGAAAGGUGAGACACCAGCCCCCGAUGGCAGGGACAACACCCUCAAACCCAAAAUGACAUCCGGGCCCAAAGGACCACCAUUCAACGUCUCCUCGAGCCAAUCGCAAAAGUUGGCCUCAGUUCCCGUAUACAUCUUGGCGGCAGUCGGAGCAGGAAUCCUUCUCAUCGUCUUGGUUUUAUUCGGCCGAAAGUACUACACGAAGAAGCGCGAAAGGUUCCGGAACCUAGGAGACGGCAGUGCGACUCCGUUCACAUCAGUCGCCUGUGUUCUGGAUGCAAAGAGAGGAGAGGACCGCGUCGACCUGGUCCACAUGAUCCCUAACCCGAACUACCUGGCUCGAACGGACCGCCGAUCUGGAAGCACUGCCAUCAAUCAUAUUUCCCGUGAAAACAUCCGGUUCAUCGGCGAGCUUGGGGAAGGUGCGUUCGGCGUGGUGUGCCUGGGACAGUGUGAGCACCUCCCCGGCGCAGAUGGUCCGACCAUGGUAGCGAUCAAGACCCUCAAAGACGCCUCCGUGGGCGACGCCAGGACCGACUUUGAAAGAGAGGCCGAGUUGCUGACCAACUUGCAGCAUAAGAACAUUGUGGCGUUCUACGGAGUGUGUACCGAUCACGAGCCGUUCUUUAUGGUCUUCGAGUAUAUGGAGAAUGGAGACCUUAACAACUAUCUCAAAUCGCGAGGGCCCGAUGCCGAUUGUUUCACCCGAAACCAGGCCUUACUGCCCCUGACCGUGAAAGAACUCCUCUACAUCGCUAAACAAAUAGCUUCGGGUAUGGUGUACAUGGCUUCUCAACACUUCGUCCAUCGAGACAUGGCCACAAGGAAUUGCCUUGUAGGGGAUCGACUCAUCGUCAAGAUUGCAGACUUUGGCAUGUCAAGAGAUGUUUAUAGCACAGAUUACUACAGGGUUGGGGGACACACGAUGCUACCCGUCCGAUGGAUGCCUCCAGAGAGCAUCAUCUAUAGAACCUACUCCGUGGAAAGUGAUGUCUGGAGCUAUGGGGUGGUCCUUUGGGAGAUUUUCGAGUAUGGAAAGCAGCCCUGGUUUGGCCUUUCCAAUCACGAGGUGAUCGAGUACAUCCACAACGGGAUAUUACUGGACUGCCCCAAAGGCUGCCCCAAGGAGGUCUACAAAAUCAUGCUUGGAUCCUGGCAGCGGCAACCAACACAGCGCAUGCUCAUUAAAGACUUGCACGACGCAAUCUCGCAGCUGUCCGACGAAAAUACUCCCAUGGUGGACAUUGUCGGGAGGAACACUUUAGUGUAGAAACGCUAUAAUUAUCAAGUCAGGACUUUACCGCGUUUCGAAAUGGACCUUGUUUGAAGGAAUGAUGAAAAAGCGGUUUCCGAGUCUACAAAUUGCAUCAAUAUACGCUUCAAAGCUGGAUUUGAUAUGCUUGAUUUGUGGACCAUUGUAUUUAUCAACUAACUUGCCAUGCACAGGAGAAGGAUGAUACGGGCGCACUUCUUUGAAAAAGUUUAUGUUUGUAUAGAUAUUAAAUAAAGUACUGUUUUUGUCGAUUGUAAAAGGUAUGUAUAAUGCACUCCUGGAAAAGGGAAUUAAGAUAUUACCAUACGUCCGAGAACUUAUGUAAAUUAUGUAUAUCCUACAAAUCUCUCUUUAAUGCUUGACUUUAAACAAAAAUAUAUAUUUUGACGUCUUCAGAACAUGCCUUUGCCAAUUAUUUUUGCUUGGAGUGGGGGAGGAGAUAAAGGGCUCAGUUUUCUCAUCAGUGGAAAAUCCUAAUAAUGUAUAAACAAAAUUAUGAAAUCAAUAUGUUAAAUAGUUAUUCAUGACUUAUGCAAAGUAGUUGCAUGUUUUUACACUUUAUCAAUAUUUAAUGAUUUGGAUAUUUAUAGAAAACAACUCUUGGUGUGAUUAAAUAUUGGCGGAUAUGCUUAAAAUGUCUCUUGUACUUAUACCUGUCAGUUCCAGGGCCCGGUUUAAUAAAAAAAAACUUGUUAUUAAUAACAAAU